GUCCCGUCCGGUCCCCGUGCGGUUCCCGUCCCGUUCCCGUCCCGUCCCGGCCGCCGCAGCAGCGGGGGUCGCGGCCGGAGCCGGCGGCGCCUCGGUGGUUUCGGGGGUCCGGUGUCCGGUGGUGUCCGGUCCCGCCCGGGGUCGGAGGGCGGCGAUGCUGUCGAAGAGCGGCCCCGCGGGCCCCGCGGGCCCCGCCCCGCCGCCGGCCUCCCCCGGCCCCCGCGGCCGCUUCAGCGGGCUGUGCUGGCCGCAGGUGCGGCGUCUGGACGCCAUCCUCAACGAGCCCGUGCCCAUCCACGGCCGCGGAAACUUCCCCACGCUCACCGUAAGGCCGCGACACGUCGUGCAGGUGGUCCGGAGCCGGCUGGAGCAGCGGGGGGUCCCCGUCCACAACGUGCGGCUGAACGGCUCAGCCGCCAGCCACGUCCUCCACCAGGACAGCGGCCUGGGCUACAAGGACCUGGACCUGAUCUUCGCCGUGGACCUCCCCGGCGAGGACACGUUCCAGCUGGUCCGCGACGUGGUGCUGGACUGCCUGCUGGACUUCCUGCCGGCCGGGGUCAGCAAGGAGAAGAUCACGCCGCUCACCCUGAAGGAGGCCUACGUGCAGAAGCUGGUCAAGGUGUGCGCCGACGGCGACCGCUGGAGCCUCAUCUCGCUGUCCAACAACCGCGGCAAGAACGUGGAGCUCAAGUUCGUCGACACGCUGCGCCGCCAGUUCGAGUUCAGCGUCGACUCGUUCCAGAUCGUGCUGGACUCCCUGCUGCUGUUCGGCGAGUGCUCGGACGCGCCCAUGAGCGAGGCCUUCCACCCCAGCGUGACCGGCGAGAGCAUGUACGGCGACUUCGGCGAGGCCCUGGGCCACCUGCGCCGCCGGCUGAUCGCCACCCACCACCCCGAGGAGAUCCGGGGCGGGGGGCUGCUCAAGUACUGCAACCUGCUGGCCCGGGGCUUCCGGCCGGCCCCGGGCACGGACAUGAAGGCCCUGCAGCGCUACAUGUGUUCCCGCUUCUUCAUCGACUUCUCGGAGCUGGCGGAGCAGCAGCGCAAGCUGGAGUGCUACCUGCAGGACCACUUCGCCGGCCUGGAGGACCGGCGCUACGACUGCCUGCUCACCCUCUACCGCGUGGUCGACGAGAGCACCGUCUGCCUCAUGGGCCACGAGCGCCGUCAGACGCUCAACCUCAUCGCCGCGCUGGCCCUGCGCGUCCUGGCCGAGCAGCGCCUGCUGCCCACCGUCGCCAACGUGGCCUGCUUCUACCGGCCGGCCCCCUUCGCCGGCGAGCUCAACGUCAACUACUACGUGGCCCGGGUCCAGCCGCUCCCGCCCUGCGGCCGCGCCUACCCCACCUGGCUGCCUUGCAACUGAGGGGACGGCGGGGGUUCCGGGGAGGGGCCGCGCCCGCCCCGACCGGCCCCGGGGCCUCGCCGGACGGAGACCCCGACCGCCCUCCCGGGGGCUGGGCCUCCCCAGCCGCGCCCGGCGACGCCGCUGUGCCGUGGUCCGUCUACCGAGGGGGUCGGGGUGGGGAAACCGGGGUGCGGGGCGGGAGGGGAGCGGCCGGGGAGCCUGCCGGUCGCUCCCCGGAGCGGCGAGGGGCUUGCUGGGGUGCGGCCGCCGCGAAGCCGUCUGCGCCCCCGGGGCUCCCGGGGCUGCCGC